CCACUUCAUCCCCUGGGUGCUGUGGUUUUUAAAGGCGGCUUCCACCUAAUGUUUACACUUCACACGACUUGUAAAGAGGUGCUCGAAUCCCUUAAUGAACAGUUUACAUCCUUACCAGAAAUGACUACCCCAAACAAGACCCCACCUGGUGCUGAUCCAAAGCAGUUAGAGAGGACUGGUACUGUUAGAGAAAUAGGCUCACAAGCAGUUUGGUCCCUUUCAUCCUGUAAGCCAGGGUUUGGAGUGGAUCAGUUACGAGAUGAUAAUCUAGAAACUUACUGGCAGUCAGAUGGAUCACAGCCUCAUUUGGUGAACAUCCAAUUUAGAAGAAAAACAACAGUGAAGACAUUAUGCAUUUAUGCAGACUACAAAUCUGAUGAAAGUUACACUCCAAGCAAAAUCUCUGUCAGAGUAGGAAAUAAUUUUCAUAAUCUCCAGGAAAUCCGGGUGUUUACUGCCUCUGAACCAGUAGCUCUUCUGAAAGCUUCAGCAUAAACAAGGCAUUUAACAGGAUGUGUGUCAUGCAGCAUUUGCAGGAGAAAGAUGGGAAUUUUGAGCUGCUCAAAGCACAUCCAUCUUCCUUAGAGGAACUCUGCUGCUAAGAACAGCAGAUCUUAUUUGCUUAGCUGUGUGAAAUCUACUUGCUUGUGGACAAUUGUUUUGUGUCUUGUUUUUCUUCCCCCCAAGACUUCCGCUUCCUUGUGUGCUCUUCCCAUAUGUGUUUUGGUUGUGCUUUGAAGUUGGACAACUAGUUUUAAACAAAAGCUUUUGCCACACUUCUGCAUAGCAUCCAGCUUGAUUUGGGCAAUCUGACGUGUCAGUGAUGUGGUUUAGAGUUAACAAAAUGCUAUUCUUUGCUUGCUUUUUCAUUGGUUUGUGUAGGAUUAAAAUUAAAAAAGAAAAAAUAAUCAUAUCAGACUGGGUAUGUUGUAUAAAAGCCAAGUCAAAAUGUGAUUAGAAUGUGAUUUGUCCAUUUGGCUGUGCAGCAAGUAUUAAUUGACCAGGCAUCUGUCUUGACACGUGGGUGACAUGAAGUUUAUGAGGUAUCUUGUAUUUUUUCCUCUGUCACCUUCCUUUUCCUCCUCCCCAGUCCUCCAAAUAAUCUAAGGAAUUUCUGAAAACCCAGCCUUUGUGUGCAUUUAGUUUCCUACAUAAGUCAUUCCAGCAUAUUUAGUCCAGAGUGCCUAGAUAAAACAAAUUAGGAUGCAUGUUUUCUGUCAUCCUUGGGCAAUGUGCUUCAGUAACAGGAUCCUUGCUUUGACUUUCUUGAAUUUAUUCUGAAGUCUGUAUUUCUUUAUAUUGAUUUUUGUUUUAAGAUUAGGGCACAAAAUGAAGAGUAGAUUCUGAAAGGCCAAAGCAACCACAACUGCAGUCAACCAGAUUAAUUUGUCUCCAAUUACACGAGCAGUAAAUUAGCUAUGAGUUUUCGACUGUACUAUUUCAAAUUAACUUGAAAAAGCAACUAAAAUCUGAUUUGCAAGGCUCUGCUUUAUGAAAGGGGUUUAAGAUGUGAUCAUUUAUAGUGAGUAUGUUAACUGGUUCUGAAUGUUUUGCUUUUCUGUC